CUGUGGCCGUCCUUCAAAGUAAGAGCGUCGUUGCCCCAUGUCUGCGUAAAGAAAACAAGAGUGGUAUAAAAUAAUCAUCCAUAUGCAGUUGGAAUAGCAUGGGUGACGACAGUUUGUGAUUUAGUGGCAAUGUGCUUUAAAUAAAUGUGCUUUACAAUUUGAGACAAGUGUAUUCCGCAAUGUGGCUUAAGGUUUGUAGCUUUUUAUAGACUCUGCUGAAUAUAAAUUUAAAUAUCAUGAUGCAUCCUUAAGAUAUAAUAAUGUAUGCUAAGGUCCAUAUCGUCCAACCCUAGAACACACACAAAAGGAGAAUCCAAAACUGCAAGAACCCAAAGAGAACCAGAGCAAAGCCAAUCCAAAACAAGUCCUGGUGAAAAACCACAUAAUGAACCGGUGACUAGCAGAAGCCCCGAGCUGAACUAAAUGGGACACUAAUUACAAAUGACACACAGGUGCGCUCCCGGCUCUCUCCAACCAAAGUAAAGGUGAUGCCAGAUAACAUAAAUAACAAAAUGCACGAGUCCAACCGGUCACGUGGAGCGUGACAAUGGAACUGAAAAGAUGCUGUGUGUGGAAUCCUGAAUCUGGGCCUGAGUCUGGCCUGCAUCACUCACAGCUAAUGGAUGUCUUUACCCACUAUGCCUACAACGACAGUUUCUAUGACAAUGGAACAUGGGGCUUCAACGAGACAGAUCAAGAGCAGAAGCACGAGUACAACUACUACGCCAUGCUGCUCACGCUGCUCAUCUUCGUCAUCGUGUUCGGGAACGUGCUCGUGUGCAUGGCCGUGUCUAGGGAGAAGGCUCUGCAGACCACCACCAACUACCUGAUCGUCAGUUUGGCGGUCGCUGACCUACUGGUGGCUACGCUGGUCAUGCCCUGGGUUGUCUACUUGGAGGUCGUCGGGGAGUGGCGCUUUAGCAAGAUCCACUGUGACAUCUUUGUCACUCUCGACGUGAUGAUGUGUACAGCCAGCAUCCUCAAUCUGUGUGCCAUCAGCAUCGAUCGUUACACAGCUGUGGCGAUGCCGAUGCUAUACAACACCCGCUACAGUUCAAGAAGAAGAGUCACGGUCAUGAUAUCUGUGGUGUGGGUUCUGUCUUUCGCCAUAUCCUGCCCCCUUCUGUUUGGGCUCAAUAACACAGCCACGCGGGACGCCUCACUUUGCGUGAUCGCCAAUCCCGCCUUUGUGGUGUACUCGUCCAUCGUGUCCUUCUACGUCCCCUUCAUCAUCACGCUGCUGGUUUACGUGCAAAUCUACGUGGUCCUCAGGAAGCGCAGGAAGCGAGUCAACAACAAACCCAAGCAACGCCCCAGUCAAGCCACCGUACCAGAUGUGGCCACUUCACUCAAGGAUAAGUGCACUCAUCCUGAAGACGUGAGGCUGUGCACGGUGAUUGUCAAGACCAACGGGAGUUUUCCUGCCAACAAGAAGAAGGUGAUAUUCAUUAAAGACGUGGCCAACGAGGGGGAGGAUAUGGAGCUGGAUGAGCUCAACAACAGCGGCAGCAGCCAAAAGCAGAAGGCGCAAUGCACCCUGGGAGACACUCCGGCCACGAGCCACCAGCUGUUGGUGCCCAGCAAGGACGGCAACGCCAGCCUCAACUCUUCACCCCCGACGCCCCCCGAGGAGAGCCAGAGAGCUGAAAAGAACGGAGAUCCCGGCAAGGAAGCUCUGGAGGAUCCCACGCAGAUGGUGACCAAAGUCUUCCAGACGCAGACGCUGCCUAACGGCAAGACUCAGACAUCUUUGAAAACCAUGAGCAAGAGGAAGAUCUCCCAGCAGAAGGAGAAGAAGGCCACGCAGAUGUUAGCCAUCGUCCUUGGUGUAUUCAUCAUAUGCUGGCUGCCAUUUUUCAUUACGCAUAUCUUGAACACCCACUGCACAAAAUGCAAGGUUCCCGCCGAGAUGUAUAACGCUUUUACAUGGCUGGGCUACGUCAACAGUGCCGUCAACCCCAUCAUCUACACCACCUUUAACGUGGAGUUCCGAAAAGCAUUUAUUAAGAUUUUGCACUGCUAAAAUGCGAGCGAUCAGACUGACAAGGCGGGAAAACAAGCUGGGCAAAUACCUCAUCCUGGAAAGGAGAACCCACCACAUUGCGAGCAGGAAUUCAGAUUUCUAAGUGACUGAAAAAAGGAGACGUUUUUUUCGGAAAGGAUCUUUUAUGUGAAUUGAUGGAGGAAGCCAUUUUUUCUCCCAAGCUGAAUGUAAAACAAGAAAUGUCUGUAACGAUGGCUUGUUUGGUGAAGACAAAUGUACCUUGUUCUUUCAAAAAAAAAAAAUGUGCUCGUCACGACAUACUGUAUACACCGCACACAUACAGGAUGACAACUGCUAUUUAUUGUGUGUACUUCAUGUUUCUUAAAUGACAAAAUGUUCAGCAAAUAUAUAUGAAUACAGUAUCUACACUGUAUGCAUAUAAAAAUAUAUCAAGUCAGUGUUCAUUGCAGUGUUCAGAGAUGUGAGCUCUUAUUCUGAAAAGCUGUCACUAAUUGGAAUUUGUGUUGAUGGCGAACAGACUCUUCAUGGUACUUUCUGUGUAAUGUGGCUAUGCCAAUACCUACAUGAUUGCAAUUUUAUAAAUUGGACCUUCAUAUUUCAUGAUUAUCGCUGUUAGAAUUUGCUGUAAAUAUGUUUUUUCUUUCUGAACACAUUUGCUGUGUUGUUACAAUGAUUCUAAUUAUGAUAUGCUCGUGAUGAAAAUGUGAUGCAUGCCACACUGUUUCGCUAAUCUCAGCUUCUCAUGAGCUUCUCAUGAAUUGUAUGUUCAAACGUCCAAAGUGACAAAAGAGCUCCAAUAAAGGAUGAGACACUGUCACGUGUCAUUUGAUGAUCCGAGCGGGAUGCAGAUGCUUCUGGAAAUUGUUAUUAUUCAGCAGUCUCGCCUUGCUAUGAUUGAAAGUUCCCCUCGUGUUCCUUCCUGGAAGAAACUGCUGAGUCGUUGGGCACCAAAACUAAUUACUUUAAAGCCUCAGAAGGACACAAGUGAGAAAAUUAGCCUUAAUUAACGCUUUAAAUGCACUGGGAUUCUGAUAAAUCACUUGAAAACUAUCUCCGACAUUAGGAACUUGCUUGCGUGGCCAGGGUUUGGUAAUAUCAAAUCACCAAACUUUACUGAGUCAAUUAAUGCAACCCAAAUUUUUAUUUAAGGCACAUCAGAAAGAAAUCAGCUUUUACCGCUACAUUGUGGUUCGAACAUUGCUGCCUCGCUAUUGUGGUUUUUCAAAAGGUAAUUAAUAAAUGGCCCCUCUUAAGUCAUGAACUCAUUCAAUCCCAGCCAUUCUGCAAAAGACAGCCCCUUUGUGGACCGGCCAUUUUAGAUGAUUUUGAUAGAAUAUUGUGUUGUAUGGCUGUAAAAGCUAGUUAUAUGGUUGUUUUUUUAUCAUUUAGCUAGCUACUAACACUGCUGUGUUUAGCAAAAAAGAUCGAUAGACGUCUUUGUGUUACUAUGCUAUGCUAGCAUGCUAACGUUCACAUCACUAGUAUGCUGACAUGAGCAUAGUCACAUUUUUUGUGAUUUUCAUAAGUACGA